CUCAAAUUUUUAAAUAUCAACAUUCUCCUACUUAUAUUUGUCACCUUCUUUGUGUAUCAUUGCAGUCAGAAAAAUGAAUCCUAAAGCCAUAAUUUUCCCACUUUUCGUAGCAAUAACUGCUGUUUUUGUAUCAACAAAUUUCACGUACUUCAACUGCAUUCUUAAUGUUAAUCGACGCCAUCACGAUCAUCGCCAUCACUCCGAUGAUGAUAAGGCAAAAAUAUCAUCAAUAUGUGACAAUUUUUCGCCGAAUUUUCCCACUAUAGACACUAAUACCACGUCCAUUCUAUGCGUUGAUCAUAAUGGCUGUUGUAAUUUCACUACAGUGCAAGCUGCAGUUGAUGCAGUUGGGAAUUUUAGCGCGAAAAGAAGCUUAAUAUGGAUAAACAAUGGCAUUUAUUUUGAGAAAGUAAUUAUUCCAAAAACAAAACCUAACAUCACAUUUCAAGGGCAAGGGUAUACCACAACAGCUAUUGUAUGGAAUGACACUGCCAAUUCUGCAAAUGGCACAUUUUACAGUGGAUCUGUCCAAAUUUUCUCUACCAACUUUAUUGCCAAGAAUAUAAGUUUCAUGAAUGUAGCUCCAAUGCCGGGGCCAGGAGCAGUAGGAGCGCAAGCAGUGGCAAUUAGGAUAGCAGGAGAUGAAGCUGCUUUCUGGGGUUGUGGAUUUUUCGGAGCUCAGGAUACUCUUCAUGAUGAUAGAGGUCGCCAUUAUUUCAAAGAUUGUUAUAUUCAGGGUUCUAUCGACUUUAUUUUUGGCAAUGGCAAAUCAUUGUACGAGAACUGCCAGUUGAUAUCAAUAGCAAGCCCAGUAGCAGCAGGAGUGAAGUCGAUUAACGGGGCUGUGACAGCACACGGCAGAGCUACCAAAGACGAAAACAGCGGCUUUGCAUUCGUAAACUGCACUUUGGGAGGGACUGGUAGGAUUUGGUUGGGCCGUGCAUGGAGGCCUUACUCCACUGUCAUCUUUGCUAACACUUACAUGACUGAUAUCGUUGCUCCCGAGGGCUGGAACGACUUUAACGACCCUUCAAGAGAUCAGACAAUCUUUUAUGGGGAGUACAAUUGUUCAGGAGCAGGAUCCAGUAUGACAUUGAGAGCACCAUAUGUUCAAAGACUAAAUGAUACACAAAUUCUUCCCUUCCUCAACUCGUCUUUCAUUGAUGCUAAUUUGUGGCUCCAAUCUUUUACCUCUUAGCAUCCUUCUCCAUAGAGGUGAAGCUAAGAUUUGAAGUUUAUGUCUUCAGGUUUUGACCGAACCCUCAAUUGCAAGGCUAGCUCCGUCUCUGUGGCGCGUGCACAUAUACAAACCACAUUUCCGAAUUAGACGAGAUUAUUAUACUUUUUAUUAUGGGUUUAUUUUUUAUCCAUUGACAGUACCGUAGAUGAACUUGCAUAAUCAGUGGAAUUUAACAAUAAAAGAUUCUUAUUUUUCAUAUUUAAUGGAUACUGUAACAAUGUGUAGAAAUUAAAUCCGUUAUUAUUAUUA